AUGUCCACCACACUAUCCAGUGUAUCUGGAGUGUAUCCAGAAGAUUCAGAACAAGAGCAUGGACUGUUACCCGAUUUAAAUGGUGUUGACCUGGUUAUGAGCUUAUCACCGAAAGGGAAUCACCAUCAUCAUCAUUUAACCAGCUUACAGCACCUACAGAACCUUCAGCAUAAUUCACUACACAGCCAUUCGACGCCAUUCAGCGUCACCGACAUUCUCAGUCCAAUCGAAGAAUAUCGCAAACUGGAACUAAGUGCUAACCCACCGUCUCCUUAUAGCGGCGGAAGCAGUGUCAACUCUCCAAGUGCCCUCGGUUCCAACUCAGCAUCAGCGGCAGCAGCAGCAGCAAGCAGUAUGGCCAACCCGUACGCAAUGGGACCGCUAUAUCACAGUCCAGGUGUACAGAGCUACUGCGGUCCAACGGACAAUCUUUCAUUAGCCGGACACUACUCCGAUAUGCGAAAUUCGGCCGCAGGCUGGUACGGUUCAACUGCCAGUGAUCCACGAUUUGCAAUUUCUCGACUGAUGGGAGGUUCUGCGGGCGGUUCUAUGGGCCAUGCAAUGUCAAAUAUGGGUAGUUUAGCGGCGUGUAGUGUUACGGAUACCAAACCCAUGCAGUUUCCACUAGCACAGCGGCGGAAACGACGGGUGCUCUUCACACAGGCCCAGGUCUAUGAAUUAGAGCGAAGGUUCAAACAACAAAAGUACCUGUCUGCGCCCGAACGGGAACACUUAGCCAGUUUGAUACACCUUACACCUACGCAGGUUAAAAUAUGGUUUCAGAAUCAUCGAUAUAAAUGUAAGCGGCAGGCGAAAGAAAAAGCCAUGGCAGAACAGAACCAGCAUAAUCAGUCAGCCAGCUCACCACGACGUGUGGCCGUACCAGUACUAGUUAAAGAUGGCAAGCCGUGUUCCGGCGGCUCUAAUUCCAGCUCUUCUGCUCAACAGCAACAGCAGCAGCAGCAACAUCAGGCUCAACAGCAGCAGCAAGUAAGCGGCAGUAAUAGUUCUUUAACAACUGGUGGCAGUGGUGGUGGGGGUAGCGGUGGUAUUAGUGGUAGCGGAGGAGGGGGUUCCAGCGUAAUUCUGACCAGUGAUUCCAACAACACCCACUCGCCCGACACGCCCUCGGGAACGCUACUGUCACCGUACAACGGUAGCCAUAAUGUGACCGGUCAAAUGCUGCAGCAGCCGUGCAAUAAUAGUCUGAUGUCCAACAGUUUGGCUAUGGCCUACCGGAACCAGAACAAUUUUAUGGCCAACAGUCAUCAACAGCAGUGCGGAAGUUAUCUACCGCUGCAAACCCGAGCCUGGUAA